UAGAUUUGUUUGUACUGCCGCAUGGGAUAGCGGUAAAUGUUAUGCGUUUUGAGUACCGAGGACAAAAUAAUUACAAAUGCUAGUCAGACGAAUUCUUACCUUUCCACAGACGCUUAUAAAGCGUGUGGUUAUGAUAAAGCAAAAAAUUAAUCAGGCAGAAGAAGGCACUAGAUUACAUAGAUGGCGAGAAUUUUGGCUGGCAUUGAUUGCAGAUUAUAAAUCUGUUGGAAUGGAUGUUAUUCAGGGAUCCAAAGAAAGACCUAAAAAAGCUGUUUUAAUUACAUCAGGUUUAGGCAUUAUGUUUGGAGCAUUGAUUACAAACCCAGAUGAACAAUCCUUUUAUGAUCAACAUAUUAAAAAUAGUUCAACACUUGUUAUGGUUACUGAUCCUAUACGUAACCCUGCAGCUGAAGAACAUAUUACUUACCUGACUCGGUGCGAAAAUCAAGGCUUGCUGAGACACACAAAUUUAUUAUUCUUUUCAUUGAUGUGGGUUGCAGAUUAUGAUAAAAAUUGUGACAUUUAUGCACAACAAUGUAAAUACCUUAGGCCAAAAUUCCUAACUUUUUAUCAAAGGAUAGUUGAUGUAGGUUUAUUUGGAAGGUGGUUGAAUUUGAAAUUCAAGAUGAAAGAUUUUGAUAUAAAUCCAAAUGAAUGGAAUGAAAAAUCGUAAUUUAUAUAGACUGUAGAUUUUUAAAUUUUAAAAGAAGGAUAUCUUCGAACAGGCAUUCGAAGAACUUGCAAGAACAGGCAUUCAAAAAUUCAGUAGACUUCUCUGUGCAUACUAUCAGAAAUCAAUUAUAUUGUUUUUUUGUUAAUAUAUAAUUAUACAUGAUUUGAGAGUGCUAUUUUGUUUGUUUGUCAGAAAAAUAAUUUGCUGAUUUUUUUUUUUUUUUCAAUAUUGUUAUUAAAAAUAUUUUAAUUAAAAUACCUUUUCCUUUUUAUUC